AUGCUUCCAUUAUCCAUCUCCACAUCUCCGGAUCCUGCUUCUCAAUUUCCAACCGUCCCAGAUCUCCCAACUUUGACUCCAACACCAUCACCGACUUCAGUCAAAAACAUAUACAUACUACCGGAGCUCAGACUUCAAUGGAACUGA